UACCGUUGAGUGACAAGUCUGUGCGUUAAUAUGCAUAGCCAAGCUUUAAAAGAUAUAGGUUUAUGAACAAAAGGUGGCAGCCUGUUUGCAUAAUAUACAAGCGUAUUAACAGCGGAGACGUCACUGGCUCCAGACUAACUUAGUGUACACACUGUAACCAAGAGCGGUGCUUUUACAACUGGUUUGGAGCCUUUCGCCGGAAAUGAGGUUGGUAUAAAGAGAGGGUGGAUAGUCUGCUGUGACAUCACAUUCUGCUACUCUACAGCAAACAGGUUGAACAGAACCAUGAAGUUCCUGGUGUUGUCCCUGGCUCUUGCCCUUGUUUUAACAACCGGUAGCGCUCUGAACUGCCACCGCUGUGUGUCGCGGCGGGCGGGGGAGUCAUGUGACCUGGUCGUGGAGUCCUGUAGGCCGGAGAAGGACGCCUGUGCGGCCGCCAAGUUCCUGAGACCCCCACAUGGCCAGUACCAGAAAUGCAUGGCUAUGAGCGACUGUGAGAUGCUGAAGAUGAACUCCUACAUCGACAUCAAGUGUUGUGCCGACCACAUGUGCAACACGUUCUAGAAUGUGAAUACUGUACGAAGCCCACCGUGCAUUCUGCAUUGAAUUGUCCCUCGGAGCGACCAGACCCGCCGUGUGCAGCUGUGCUCUGGGGUACAGUAGACCUCCCCUCUUUUGUGUUUGUGUGAAGGUUGCUUUACCCUUUAAUAAAUGCAAAAAAAAAGAAAGAUAGCUGUUUGUCGUAACAACUUCUGAUCCCCAACCCCACUGGGAUCGGAAGAACAAAUAAGUAUAUUGAGGCAACAUUACAUAACCACUUUUUGCUUUAAUGAAUACAAUCAAAAACAUUUGUACAACAUUUUCACCGUUAGAAAAUGGAUGCAGAAGUUGUAUUUUUUUGGCUGACAGUAAUGGCUAUGGAAACAAAUGGAGGGGACAGGAGAGACGGUAUUGCGUUGAAAUGAAGUAGAAAAGGAGCUGUAUAGUUGGAGGAAAAAACAGCUUUUUUUUUUCGUGUAGCAGAAAAAAAUGUUUUGGCUAUACUCUUCCUUCCUUAAGGUCCGUUAUUGUUACCUUCGUAGCUCUCAUUGCUGUAGUUAUAAACAGUUAUCCUCUAAGCAUAUUAGCCUGAAGAAGAGCUUCAUAUUGAACCAAACAAUGUAUGAAAAUCACUCCACUGUUAUCAAGCAUUCCCCCAAACAUUUCUUUCUGGUACACACAUGAAGUUCUGCGUUUGCAUCAGUGCCAGAGAGUGGUGGAUUGUGGUUAAGAAAUAAUAAUCGACUCAUCCUUGAAAAAAUUUAAUAAAUAAACAAUAUCAAAAUAGGGGCGAAGAAAAUACUGAUAAAUAACAGCGUAAAUCAUAGCCAUAAAAAGGGAGUAUCUUGAUAUCUAGGACCCUGGACGGGGAGGAGUGGUGUAUGGGUUGGAUCAGCUGAGGUGAGGGGGGGGAGGGGGGGGGGAGGGAGUGGUGUAUGGGUGGAGUCAGCUGAGGUGUAGGAGAACUGGCAGCUAGCCUUCAAGUAACGGGAUAUCCCAGUGCAGUGUCCUGUGUGUUGAUUGGCCGGCGUCUACAUCAUGGAACAGGACGUCUUUCCUGGCUGCGCACCGCCGUCAAUCUUCUCUGCCUCCAGGAUCAUCCUCCGGAACACCUCCACAGCGGUCUGCACACACACACACACACACACACACACACACACACACACACACACACACACACACACACACACACACACACACACACACACACACACACACACACACACACACACACACACACACACACACACACACACCAAAA